AGGGAGAAAGAGGAGGGACGGAGGCAAAAGAGAAAGAGAGAGAGAGAGGGUGUGAGGCUGAAAGUGUGUGAGUGGAGAGAGAGAGGAACACACAGAGAGGAAAGAGAGAGAGAGAGAGAAAGAGAGAGAGAGAAUCAGCAGCAGUGUGUGUGAGAGGUUGAAGGAUCAUUUCUAUCCCGGCUUGUGUUUUUGGGGGAGACUAAAGAACCUUGUCCGUCUGAGCAUUGUGGGACUGUUUUAUGUUGUUGUUGUCGAGAGAGACGGACCCUUACUCCAGCAUGCUCACUGAGCCUGAGCUACCUCAGGAGUGUAACAGGAUGUCUUCCAAGCGACCAGCCUCUCCAUAUGGGGGGACAGAUGGAGAGGUAACCAUGGCAACCAGCAGACAGCGAGUGGAGGAUGAGGAGAGUGAAGGACUGGGUGGUGUCAUCCACCUCCCCCUGGCCUCCUACUGCGGCAAGGUGUCCCCUCGCUCGCCCCCCAUCCGCAACUUGGACAGCCCCCCCAACAUGGAGCAGGAUGGCACUAAGGGGAGCUCGCUGAGUCCGUACCCCCAGCACAAUGCUACCUCACCGGGCAAAGAGGAGGGCGGAGGCGGCGGGCGGCCCUGCAGCGACGGGGGCUCGGCCGGCGGCACCCUGGGAACCCCGGAGAGACGCAAGGGCAGCCUUGCCGACGUGGUGGACACACUGAAGCAGCGCAAGAUGGAGGAGCUGAUCAAAAACGAGCCAGAAGAGGCCCCCAGCAUUGAGAGGCUGUUGUCAAAGGACUGGAAGGAUAAACUUUUGGCCAUGGGCUCAGGGCACAUCGGAGAAAUUAAAGGUACCCCAGACAGCCUGGCGGAGAAAGAGCGCCAGCUCAUGGGCAUGAUUGGCCAGUUGAGCAGCCUGAGGGAGCAGCUCCUGGCGGCCCACGAGGAGCAGAAGAAGCUGGCCGCCUCACAGAUGGAGAAGCAGAGGCAGCAGAUGGAGCUGGCCAAGCAGCAGCAGGACCAGAUUGCCCGGCAACAGCAGCAGCUUCUGCAGCAGCAACACAAAAUCAACCUCCUGCAGCAACAAAUCCAGCAGGUCCAGGGCCAGCUCCCGCCGCUGAUGAUUCCCGUCUUUCCUCCAGACCAGCGGACUCUGGCGGCGGCUGCAGCCCAGCAGGGCUUCCUAAUGCCCCCUGGCUUCAACUACAAGCCUGGCUGCAGUGACCCCUACCCUCUCCAGCUCAUCCCCACAACGAUGGCCGCCGCUGCAGCCGCCACACCAGGCCUGGGACCCCUCCAGCUCCAGCAGUUGUAUGCCGCCCAGCUGGCAGCCAUGCAGGUCUCCCCGGGGGCCAAGCAGCACGGAGGCAGCCUCCCUCCUCAGGCCAACCUGGGCACACACUCCCCACCCACCAACACACACCCACAGAGCGACAAGGGCCGCAGCUCCCCGCCACCCAACAAGACCAAGGACAGUGAGGGUGCACAGCCACUGAACCUGUCGGCCAAGCCUAAGGCAUCCGAGAGCAAGUCACCCAACUCCCCCCCAACUUCCCCACAGGUCCCUGCUGCUGCUGCCGCCACCAAGCUGGGCCCCGCCGGCUCCAUGAAGCACAGCGUUGCCCCCUCCAGCAUUGGAGGACCGCCGACCAGAGUCAGCUCGAUAGCAGACUUGUUGUCGUCGCUGUCCUCAACAGCCUACCUGAAUGACCACGAGGCGGUGACCAAGGCCUUCGCCGAGGCCCGGCAGAUGAAGGAGCAGCUGAAGCGGGAGCAGCAGGUCCUGGACGCCAAGGUGGCCGCCGUCAGCAACCUCAGCCUCAAUAACGGCCGCUCAGACAAGGACAAAGCUGCCUUGGAGAGUCUGAGUCAACAGCUGAAGCAGCAGGCGGAGGACAAGUUCAGCCACGCCAUGCUGGACUUCACCAUGAGCGGAGACUCUGACGGCUCCCCUAGCGUGUCUGACUCUAGAAUAUUUCGCGAGGCUCGGGGUCGGAGCAGCAACGAGCCGCACAUUAAGCGGCCGAUGAACGCCUUCAUGGUUUGGGCCAAGGACGAGCGGCGAAAGAUCCUCCAGGCCUUCCCUGACAUGCACAACUCCAACAUCAGCAAGAUCCUCGGCUCCCGCUGGAAAGCCAUGACCAACCUGGAAAAGCAGCCCUACUACGAGGAGCAGGCUCGCCUCAGCAAGCAGCACCUGGAAAAGUACCCCGACUACAAGUACAAGCCGCGGCCCAAACGCACCUGCCUGGUCGACGGCAAGAAGCUGCGCAUCGGCGAGUACAAGGCCAUCAUGAGGUCCCGCAGACAAGAAAUGAGGCAAUACUUCAGCGUGGGGCAGCAGGGCCAGCUGCCCCUGUCCUCUGCAGGCGUGGUUUACCCCGGCGCCCUGUCAAUGGCGGGGAUGCCGUCGCCCCAGAUGCCCUCGGAGCACUCGAGCAUGUCCAGCAGCCCUGAGCCCAACGCCAACCACCACCAGAACCCCCACAUGCCCGGCCUGAAGGGCGACGAGCCACGAAUCAAGGAGGAGGAGCUGCGGUUAGACGACAGCAACGGCGACGUGUACGACGACUUCGACUAUGAGGACGAAGAGGCCGACUACGCCAGCGACAACGAGAACCACAUCACCCAAUAGGACGGCGCUGGAAUCCAUGCCGCCCGCUUUUGAAGCCAAUCACUGCUGGUUUAAAUCACACAAUCCCACCAAUCAGGAAGGAAACUUUUGCCAAUCACCUUGAGAACCGAUUUCCCCCCCCCCCUUUAGAACGCCACCCGUCGUCCCUCCUGACUAACAUGGACUCUUUAACGGAGCCAAACCUUCCCCCUGUCUCCCGCCGGAGUCCUGAUACCAGCAUCUGAUCAAUCAACUGAAGCACAGGACCUGUCACUCACACUGACUGUUACACGAACUGGGACAGAGGCAGAGAAGCCGGUUUCUGAAGGAAUAUUCGAGUACUACUGCAGGAGUGUAACGCCACGAGUGAGGAAAACUUUAAAAAAUUUGCUCUCAGAAAGCCAACCUUUUAGCCCCGUUUGUAGAAAAAAGGAGACAUUUCAAAAAUGAAAAACAGUGGACCUGUCAAAGGCGAACAGAUGACACUUUAAGAUGGCGGACCUGUUUAUUAUCAAGAGACACUUUUAAAAAAAAACAGCUUUUUUGUUCUUUGGUUCUAUAAUAUUCUCACUCAGGUACACGGUGCCAAUAAGUGGCUUGUGAAUGUGAUUUGUUGUUUUUGUGCUACAAGUUUGAAUAAUAAUAGAAAAAAGAGACAUUUCUUUUUUCCCCUUUUUUUGUUGUAAAGCACCUGAACGACAUCAGACGUUUAUUUUUAACAAAAAGAUAUCUUUUUUUUUUCUUCAACCUCGCAGCGUGCUGUCAGCGGUUCCUCCCCUGAUUCCUCUUUUUUUUCAUUUGUGUUUUCGUGACCAACCCCAACUUUCCCCCCUGUUUUGGAAUCCAAUGGGACGGUCCAGGCAGGACUGACCAAGCACAGCGUGGACUGUCCCAAAUGAAAAAAAGGGGUGGGGGAGUCUCUCUCUUCUGGAGCAGAAACGAAAGCACUGUGUUGUGAGACAAUCUUUCUUCUCGCUCCGUCCCUCUGAUUUUUUUCCUGAUCUCGUCCAGGGCAAAAACAACAUCGGUAGCUGGAAAGAAAAAAAAAGUGUGUGUCCGUGUGCGCUCAUUGGCUUCUUUUUUUGUUUUUGUUUUUAGUGCAAAAAAAGACAAAAGAAGCAAGUAAUGAUUUGCCGCACACUAACACACUACUGUUGUUCUGUCCGUCAGUGUUUUUCCCUCCAAUCAUGUCGUCCUGCUGUAACCCAGUGGGCGGAGCCGAGGCGAAGUCAGCCAGUCAGUGUUUCCGUUUGUAUUUGAAUACUGUAUUUUAUUAUUUUUCUCUUCAAAACUGCCUCUAGUCUAAUAAUAUUAUUAACAAUAAUUAUAAGGAUGGUCAGCGUUUCCUAAGUUUAGUAAGUUAUGUACAGUAUAAUUUAUUUUUCUCCUCUUUAUUGGGUUUUUAUGACCAUAUGAAACUAUGACAGUCAAUGAAACAUUAUUCUAUUUAGCUGGUAGGUAUUUAGAUCUAAACUAAAGUUGCUUUUUUUGUUCCCUUCCUUUGCUAUUUUGUAUUAAUCGUGCGGACGGGUGGGCUUGACGCCAGCCCUUCUUUUUGUUUUUUUUUUCAUGUCCAAACCCAUUUCUAAGAAGCACUCAGACUCUGAGGAAAAAGAAGAACAUGUUUUUUUUAAUUAUUAUUAUUAAUUGUUAUUAUUAUUUUAUUUGUAAUGAUUAUCAUAAUGUAUAAUGUGAAAGUUUCCUCUUUUUUUUAAAAUUUUGUUUUCUGUGAACAAAGAGACCCCCAUCCCCUUGUUUUUAAUACUCUGGCCGCCCCCAGACGCAGUGGAACAUCCUUUAGAUUCGGAUCCACAUACAUGCACAUAAGCAACAUUUGAAAAUUAAGAGAUUAUCAUGACAACCAAACAAAUCCUAUGCUGUCCUUUUCUCCCCCAUUUUAAAAUCCUGUACAUAUAUCGUGUGAUUGCAGUGAUUUGAUUUUAUUUUUUUUGCUAAAUCAUAGGAAAGCAGUGUUUACUGUGAUCCGCUGAGGAUGUUCCACUGUGUGACCAGGCCAAUCUUUUACAGUAUCUUUAUCUCAUCAGGAGCCCUUUUGCUUUGUUUGAGCUCCACGUGAUGCUACAGGAGCCAUGACUACUCUUCAGGUGUGCCGUCACAUAGUGAUCCCCCCCUAAACUCACAAUCAUUUAUUCUCGCUAUAGGUGUUUUUGCUACAUAUCAAGCUUCUGGGUCUUAAUUUUUUUGCUGUAUAGUCACAUAAACAUUGUUUAAACCCCCAUGCUGGAGAGAGGGGAUCCAUUUCAGGAGGGUGGGUGGGGCAUUAGGGCAUCAAUCAUCCCUGCUGGCAAGGUCUUACCCCCAUAUCAAGACAAUGAGAAGUGAUAAUGAUAUUAUUUAAGACAAUCAAAGUCAUGAGUGGAGCUCAAAACAAAGUUAUUACAAGAAAAAAACGAAAAAUAUCUUACCAUCUCAACUUGAAAAAUCAAGAAAGAUAAUUAUGUAAAUAUAACAUAGAGUUAUAGAUUUAUAUUUUGUUCAUAACACAGUGUAAUAUAAGUUGUAUAUUUCUUUUUUUCUCUCCCUACUGUCUCUUUUAUUGAUGUUAUCCAUGCCACAGAAAAAGCAAAGAGUCGCAGUGCUCUCACAAAAAAAAAUUUGAAGAAAAAUAUCAAAGAAAUAAAGAAAAACAGAAAAAAAAAAAAGCCGUGGGCUGCCACCACCAUCUGUUCUAAGUUCACUUUUUUUCAGUAUUACUGCCAGACAAGGCUCUAAUAAAGA